CAUUCGAUACACUCACAGUCGCCAUUUUUAUUUCUUUUGACUUUCUUCAAUUUGAUUUUUGAGCGGUAGCCAUUAUGCUCUCCUUUAUCUAUAUAAUAAAGGAUUGGCAUACAUCGUCAUCACAUCGAACAAACAUCCCCAACACCUCGAACAAAUAUCUCCCCCUUCAUUAUAGCAGAAGAUUUAUAUGAGGCGGUGAUUAAUGAAUAACUAUCCAAACAUCAAUAAUCACUCGCAUAAAACAUUAGCAAAUGUCCAGACUAGGAGCAGCUCCCCUAUUUUCAAUCAGCUGGUUGCUGUCAUAUGUGUGUCAGUUUGUCAUUGUGUACUCUUCGCACCAAAUGGCGCUGUCAUUUGGAGUUCUCAGUAGAUAUCCGCCACACGGUACCACUCACUGCCACUCACUCUGUACUCUCACAUAUAGUUUAAUUGAAUAGAUAGUUGUCGUAUCAGUUUUCCUACAACUCUGGCUAUCAGCGUUGACAACCUGGAAAUUCUAUUGUUGAUUAUUUCAUCAAUGCCAGUACCACUAGAUCAUUGCGGAUGUGAGCAUCACAGUGGUGAGUUUCGCUGCCCUCUAGCCUCAGAUAAUCAGUGUUCCACAACAACGCCGUGAUUCUACUCGAGGUAUUGGAUUUUACAUACGACGACGACAUCGAAGACCAAGGGGGAUAUGGCAUCAACAAGGAAAAUGGCUGCUAGCAGUGGCAAUGACAGGAGUUAUCCGGAGGACCGUGCGCGUGGCAGCAAUUCAUUGAGAAGCACAAAUAAUACAUGGAGCCAAGUGUCUGAUAGUGCUGAUGAACACGAGCACAGUCCAUUCGCUCAUAGGCCUGCUAAUCUUUCUAGGGAUGGAAUAAUCGAUGAGCCUCAUUACGACGCAGUCGCUUAUGCCGAAGAUAAGAUGCGUCGCCAUCUGCGAUUCUUCUUUAUGAAUCCUAUUGAAAAAUGGCAGGCCCGUCGUCGUGUUCCCUAUAAAUUCAUCGUCCAAGUGAUCAAGAUUAUUCUAGUCACCGUGCAGCUCUGUCUUUUCGCUCACAACAACUACAUGCACGUUAAUUACACGUGGGACAACAAAAUAGCCUUUUCCCAUCUGUUCCUGCUGGGUUGGGAUGCUACCCAAGAGGUACCAGCCUAUCCCCCAACAACAGCACCACUGGCUCUCUACAAGCAAGAUGAAUUCUAUGCAACAAUUGAUUACGCAUUAAGAGGAUAUUAUAAUCUCAGUAACGCUAUUGGCUCCUACUCAUAUACCGAGGAGGAUAACUCCAUUGGCCGAGUUGAUUUAUGUCUGUACCAGUACAAAGAAGGUACCAUAUUUGGUUUUAACGAGAGCUAUGUAUUUAACAACGAGAUAGAGAAGAUUUGUAUUCAGAUAAACCACACCUUCUACGGUGUCCCUACAAUUCAAGCAAAGAAACUACUGGUGGAAAAAAAAAUUAUCAUCAAUUUCUCCGCUUUGGUAAAGGCAGAGCUUAAAUUUGCUGUAAAAACGGUGAAUUUAAAGGCAGCAGGACCGAUAACACCGCCUGAUUGCUAUCAAUUCGAUAUCAAGAUCCUUCUAGAUAAUAGUGAUUUUGAUGGGCAAAUGCUACUAUCUCUAGAUGCGGAAUCCAACAGGUUGCAAUGCAAAGGUGAUACGAGGUACAUUACUGAUAACAGGAUUGACUCUGCAUUGAGAACACUCCUCAAUCUAUUUGUCAUAUCUAUUUGCACCAUCUCCUUGGGGUUGUGCUCCAGAGCCAUCUAUAGGGCGCAACUUCUAAAGUUCGAUACAAUCCGAUUCUUUAAGAAGAUGUAUGGGAAGUCAUUGAGCUUUGAGGGGCGCCUCGAGUUUCUCAAUAUGUGGUACAUUAUGAUUAUUAUCAACGAUCUGCUGAUUAUCGUAGGCUCGGCAAUCAAGGAACAAAUCGAGAGAAAGUAUUUUGGUAGUGACCACUGGAACAUCUGCAGUAUUUUUCUGGGCACGGGCAAUCUGCUAGUGUGGUUUGGAGUCCUCAGAUAUCUCGGAUUUUUCAAGACUUACAAUGUUGUCAUUCUCACCUUGAAGAAGGCAGCACCCAAAGUCGCAAGAUUCCUGGUGUGUGCCAUUCUUAUUUAUGCUGGUUUUACAUUUUGUGGGUGGCUCACUUUGGGUCCCUAUCACCUCAAGUUUAGAAGCCUCGCCACCACCUCCGAAUGCCUCUUCGCUCUCAUCAAUGGAGAUGAACUCUUCGCAACUUUCUCCAUUACAUCUUUUAAAUCUCCACUCCUCUGGUGGUAUUCCCGAAUCUAUCUCUACACUUUCAUCUCACUUUAUAUCUAUGUGGUACUGAGUCUCUUUAUUUCCGUUAUUAUGGAUGCCUAUGAUACCAUUAAAGUGUACUAUCGCGACGGCUUUCCCAAAAAUGAUCUCCAGGCAUUUAUUGCUGUCUGCACCGAUGAGGCAUCCAGCGGUGUUUUUCGUCAGGAAUCCGGUGGAAAUAAUUUCAGUGAAUUUUUUGAAAAAUUUUGCUGCUGUCGGAAAAGACCCUGUGGCUCUUUCUCAGGGACUAAAAAUGCAGAUACACCAAAUAAGUCCGAUGAAAGUUGCAGCGCAAUCUGUAUAUAGUAGGCUCAUUGAGAAAGGGGCCAAAGCGAGGUGCUAUGGAUCGAUUUUGUAAUUCAGAAAAUAAUUUUUGUAGUUGGGAGGAGGAGGAGGCGAAGGGCUGUUGGAAGGCUGAUUGAUGGCUUCAGUGUUCAUCUACUGUGAAUUAGUUGGUGAAAUAAGUGAGUUUUUCAAAGAAAUAAAUUUUUAUUAUCGGAUGGACAAAAUGUUACAUGAUUGUCGUAAAUUGACCCCAGUACAAAAGCAUUCAGCCCUGAAAACAAAAAAAAUUGUUAAAAAAAAUUGUUAAAACUGCCACAUUAACUUCGUUUGCAUCUUGUCCGUGUUGCAAAUGGUCAGCGAAUGGCCAACAAAUAGUAUUUAAUUCGAUAAAUUAAUGUGAUAUUAGCGCGAAAUAAUAACACCAGCAAAGUGUGCAUCAACCACCUCGUAAAUUCACUGACGCCUUCGAUUUUCUUGGAUAUCAAAAUAACAUUAUAUUGGGGAUAUUAAAAUAUCAAUAGUACAACAUCUACUUUGUGAUUGAUUAUAACGUCUCAAUGCUCACAAAAGGCUUCCGUAUGUUGCACAAAGCACAUUUGGGAAGUAACAAAUGAGGUGUAAUCCAGUGUGAAUUAUUGAGUGUAGAGAAUUAUACACUGCUCGAUUCAAACCAUGUACCUCUCAUUAUAUCUCGUUUUCGACCGCCAAAACAAUGAUAAAUAUAUAUUUUUCUUAUAUAUUAUGAAAUUGCAGCCUUAUUUCGUUAUUUGCGUGGGCAGAAUUUUAUUUAUUAUUAUUAUUAGUAUUAUUAUAUUUUUUAAAAAUAAUGUGUAGAGAGAAUCGAGGAGAGAUAAAGGGAUGGAUUUUAUUUUCAACAAAAGCAGUUUGAAUUGUUACCAUUAAAUGUAUCAUUUUAUAUUUGCUCCAUUGUAAAAUGUAUGUAGUUUUUUUUAUGUAAAUAAACAUAAAAUUUUUUUCAA